AUGAUAGGUUUACAACGUGAACAGAAUUACCGGCGCGAUCUAGAACCGCACCGGGCUUAUAACUGUUAUACACAGAAUGAGAGUGGAUCUAUCUGCUUGAUUAUAUUCUGUCCCCCUGGCUAUUUAAAGAGACUCUGCCUGUUUAUAUACACUUUGGCCUGCAACCGAAAGAGUAUUCCUGAAACCUCCUAUUCGGUCGGCAUCCUAUCACAGAUCAGCGAGAACAACGGUGUUGAGGUAAGUGGCGCAGUUGGCGAAACGCCUAGCGUCUCAGGUGGUUUGCCACACAGUGGCUAUCUCGAGACCCUGUCAACAGCUUUUGUUCUUGCAGUCGACAUCAAUGCGGCCGGAAAUGAGCAAACAGCAGCUUCUUGUCCUUCAGGGACUUGUUACGCACUGACCGCCGAUAUCACGCUAGAAUCAUCCUGGCGAGAAAUACUUUCGACGACCUUGGCAAAAUUCUCCAAUCGCUUGGAUGUCGUGGUAAACUGUGCCGGCGUCGUGCACCACGCAGCUCCUGCACAUGAGAUCUCAGAGGAGACGUUCGAUCGCAUGUACAAGGUCAAUGUCAAGCCCAUUUUCUUGAGCACAAAGGUUGUUGUCGCAUGGUGGAAGGAGAACAAGUUACCUGGGCACUAUAUCAAUUUCAGCAGCGCAAGGGAGCCAAGACCUCGACCGAAGAUGGUGUGGUAUUCUGGAUCCAAAGGCGCUGUUGCAGGCACGACGAAAGGCCUUGCAGCAGAGUAUGCAUGCGACAAAAUCAGGUUUAACUAUAUUCGGGUUUCUCUGGGAGAGACAGGAAUGCUACUGGCCGCUGUUGCGGGCAACGACACCCCCGAGAACCGUAAAACCUAUCUCGAUACGAUUCCUCUGGGACGUUUAUGCCAGCCCACAGAUAUCGCGGACAUGGUGUGCUUUCUCGCAUCUGAUGAAGCAUGCUAUAUUACGGGAGCAGGCUUCGAUGUCGACGGAGGUAGGUGUGUCAGUUAA